AUGCUGAAACUGAAAUAGUGAAGAAUGUAUCACCAAAAUACCAUCAUCCAUGAUACCCUAUAUCAAUGAUGCCGUAUAUUAUCUAAGUCUAACUGGGCUGGGUUUGGUUUUAUUUUGAGUUGCUGUGGUCGAGAGGAAGAAAUAUUGUCCGGCAAUGAAUGUCUUUUUAUUGAUAUUUCUCUCUGUCCUUACUACUGUUUGUUCUCAAGUCAUUGUUGGUUCGUCAGACUGCUCUGUAACUUGCCCUUCAAGUAAUGAUGCUUCGUACAAGACGUACUGCUGCUCUGACAGCAGCAGUAUGAACAAUAAUAAUAACUACUGCUGUAAUCCAUAUCUUCAACUAUACAUAGGACUAGGUAUCGCUGUUCCUCUUAUAAUACUAAUAAUUGCGACUGUCAUCAUACUCUACUGUUGUUGGUGGAGGCACAACAGAAAGAAAAGACGGCGACUAAUGCAGCUGUAUCUUGCCUCGAGACUUAUCGGAAGAGACGACGACACUCCGCCCCCUUAUAGGGAUAACGAGCUUCCAGAGUACACCGAAGAGGAUCCUUAUUCGUCUUUAAAAGAACAAGGAGUAGGUGUGGCUUCUGAAGAUAAUGAAGGCGUAGCUGAUGGAGAUCAAGUGAAUCUUAUAGAGCAAGAUACCAUUAGUCCUACAGCUAUAUGAUCAACUGCAAGUCGUAAUUAUUAACAAUCUCUGUACAUGCAUUUCUGAACACAUUUAUUGAUCUAAAAAUAACUGGUGUUGUCUGUCUAUUUGUCAUAUUAAUAAUCGCAUCAUUUCAUUUUAUGCUCUGUACAAUUUUUAUUUAAAUUCACUAUUCAAUCAAUGAUUAAUCUGUUGUGAACCACUUCCUUUGUUUUUGAUAUACUAUUCAUGAAAAAUUGACACUGAGAAAACACCCGAUACGUAAUACAAGAGUAUUCAUGUGUAAUUAAAAUAAUUCAUAUAGAGCUCAUGACUUCAGGGAGAUAUUAUAAACGAUGUGUACUAUAAAUACAAACACACCUGUAUAGCUACUUACAGUAGCAUAACAGUUUAAAGAUUAUGGGUAAGCCAAGUUAAUAGUAAAUAUACUCUAUUAUGUCUAUUUUAUAGAAUUACUUCUAAGAGUGUCUUUCCUGUUGCUAUUAUUGUAUCCAGUUGCUUCAGUCAACCUUACUACAAUUGGUAUUGGUGGUGAAGAUGAUUCAGUUUCAGCCUGCAUCCCUGUCAACAGGAACACCAGUCUUUAUAUGGCACUCAUCAAUCCUUCUUGUGAUAGCAGAGUUGAUCUAUAUCAGAGUCCUCGCUAUAAUCCACCUCGAACCAAAAGUUAUGAUUUGACUUUCAGUAAUACAAAGACAGGUUUUACUCAUCAAUUAACUGGAAAUGUUGAUCCUGAGAAGCUUAUAUUUCUUUAUAUGGUUUCAUACAACAUCACGUACAUGUAUACCACAGAGGUUUCUAGUAAUUCGCCAUUGUGUAUUACAAUAGGGAUAGAUAAGCAUUGCUAUGCAACUAAUGAAGGAAAACCCAUUCCUCCAGAUUCAAAGAACAUUACAGCAUUUAGAUUUGAGGAUCUGAUUGUUGCAAUUUUCAUCAGAUACACUGAUAGGAAUCUCAUUGCAAGUGGAACCAUUACAAUAACACAAUUUUAUUAUGAAAACAUAAGUUAUCCUGAAGAAUGCAGCAACUUAACGAUAGAUAGACCGCAAUGCCAACUGAAGUCUUUCAGUAAUGAAGCCUGCAUAUUUGCCUUUUCAAACAACAGUGCAAAGUUGCAAUAUAGAGAUCAACCAGUACAACUAUACAAUAGCAGUACAUACACUCCAUCAAUGACAAACUGUUCAGCAUCUCCAACAACAUUUACACCAACUAUAUCUCCAACACCAGAUGGUCCUAAUACAGCAGCAAUAACUGGAAUAGCAUCAGCAUCCGUUGGUUUUACCAUACUUCUUCUAGUGUCAAUACCAGGAAUAAUAAUCUGUUUUGGAGGAUACUACGUCAAAAGAAAAAAGAAAAGAAAUGACUUGGAGGCAUCACUUUAUGAAUCUGAUGAGGAGUAUUUGCUAAGCAUUCUUGAGAGAAGGAAAGAAGCAGAAAAAAGAUCAAAGAAAACGAAAAAGAUAAACUUUGCAGCUGGAAUUAAACAAAUAAAAGGUUAGUAAAAAUAACUGUGGAUGCAUGUAUUGAUGAUUUGUUGCAGAUAUCUUUGGUGAACUGACCAAAUUAAAAUUUGAUAGUAAAGGCUUUGUCCAUCACUGCAGCAAGACUGGUGUGACACUCAUAAUGCCAGAGGGAGCAGUUCAACAACCUGCUACUGCAUGGUUUGGAGUGUGUCCAUUUAGCACUAAGUUCAAGUUUGGUGACUAUGUGCCCAUCACUCCUAUUGUAUGGGUCUACAUUGAUCAAAAACUAACAAAACCAGCAGAACUUUACCUUCCCCACAACAUCAAUAUUGGGACAACCAUGAAAAACCUCUUCGUCCACUUGACGCCAGUGAUCAAAACUUUUUGGAAAAAGGAAAGUUUCUUUUUACUUGUAGCAACGUCAAAAUGGAAGUCGAUUCUGAAAUGUUUAAGACAUUCUGUGACCACUUUUGUUCACACUGUGUUGCCAUGGAGAAGAAUGCAUAUAAAGGUACUCAGAAGCAUUACAUGAUAGCAAUGGCUGAGAAACAAGAAGAUGAAACAACCUUUGUUGACUUUUGCUGCUUUCCUUGUCAGAUGGGAUGCAAGCAGCUUGUAAUGAAGCAGUGUAAGGAUGAAGACUUUGCAAUUAGUAACUUGAAGAGUAUCAUGUUUGAUGAUGAAGGCAGCUUAUCUGUAGCAUUUGAUCCAGACAGUGUACCAGGAUGGGAAAGAGAUCACAAUGGAUUCCAUACAGAAGAGAUAUUUGAGUCAGAGGUUGAUUAUUUUAAAGUGAUGGGUUGUGAAGCUGGUAAUGUGAAUAAAGAGAAUAUUGAGAUGCUUCAAAUGAUGGAAGAGGUUCUUUCUUAUCCUCCUCGCUUCAGAUACACCUUCUCAUACUUGAAUAGCUUUGUUGCCUUAGAUACUACAAAAGUGAAAGCUGUCUUCAGUGGAACAAGCAAACCCCUUCAAAUCAAUGUCACAUUAAAAAAGCCACAAGAAAAUGAGAGUGCAUCCAAAUCACAGCUAACUCCUCCUUUGACUCCUAAUAUUUCACCAGCAAAUGAUAUUAAUUCUGAUGCUGUCUUGAUGAAAAUCCUGACUGUUACUGCUGAUAUUUUUUGCGAUGAUCAUCGUGGCAGUAAAUGGUUCAUAUUUGGUCUCAAACUUGGUCUAAACGUAUCCCAACUGCACAAGAUUGAGAUACAGUACAACAAUCCAACUCAGUUUGCUAGAGAAUCCCUUCUUUUGUGGAGGACUGAAAACAAGACUGCAACAUGGGAACCAGUAGCAGCUGCACUGGAGAGCAUUGAGCUUAAAUCUGUAGCUAUACAGUUGGAGGGUCAGUUUAAAGAACAGCGUCCAAUGCCUACACUUCCAAACAGUGUUCUUGAAGCUGAGCCCAGUCUUCCUGCUCUUAAUAAUUUGGUGGGUGCAAAGAUUGAAGACAAGUAUCACUUGUUUGGGAUUGCUGUUGGUCUAAAUGAAGGCUACCUGAAAGGACUGGACAAAGACUAUCCAACAUGCCAAGAGAGGUUCAAUCAAGUGUUUUAUGAAUGGAGUCAAGUUGAUCCCAAUACAUUCAAAUGGAAGACUGCCCCACAUUAUUAG